AUGGUUACAACUCAUCCAUCAAACAAGUCGAAGCAUCCGGGAAAGGUAGACUUACCUGUGAGUCGACAACAGAACACAGAGCACAGCGAUGACAAGGACAAAGAGGACGACAUCAGAGACUGUCAGCUCCCCAGGAAGAAGGCAGCAACAAAAAAAUAUCAGAAGGCCAAGAAAGCUGCAGCGACAGAAGCAAUAGCUCAGCUUGAGCUUGCGAUGACGGAGAAGGAUGGACAGGACUUGUUGCAGGCGAAUCGUCCCUCCACAUCAAAGGUCUCAAAGGUACCUCGAAAGCUGAGCGUCUCUGCGCUUAGUGACCCAGCCGAUGAGACAAUCAUAGAGGAUGUGAUGCUGAUAGACACCGAUCAGAAUAAUGAACACGGGGUCCAAAACAGCGACUCACCAGCAGGAUCCAACAAGCCAGGCGCUAAGCUCACCAAGGCUCAGAAGGUGCACAAAAACAUUGAGGCUGCCAAAGAGAGGGCUAUGGAGCAACAGAAGGGCAGGGCAGAGAACGAGGAGGAUGUAGUGGUGGUGGACAGCGAUGUUGACAAUGUCAAAGGCAUUAGAAGGAAGCGGCAAAAGGGCAGGAGCUGCACUUGCAGCAAAGAUGGAGAGCCUUCCAGCAAAAAACUCAAGCAGGACGACCUUCUGUUUUCCUCACAACCACCCCAGAGUGGCAUGAUUAACAACUGGCAUCAGGUCGUAUUUGUGCAGGUUCCAAAUCACAGUCAAAAACCUGGUGCUGCACCGAAAUCUGCGCAGGGUGGAACAGGCGGUCUUGAGGACGAGCUUGAUAACAAUGAGCAGCUUGAGGCGCCUGGACCUGAUAAAGGAGAACAAGACCCUCUAUUGACACCCUUGAUGGUUCAAAUAAUUAUGAAUCCUCCCUCCAACAAAGCAGCCCAAGCAACCUCCACAGCAACAUCAACUCGCCCUACCCCCAAUGAGCCUCCUUUGUGUCCUCCUUUGGAUGAUGAGGACAUACAUAAUGGCGAGGAACAGGAUGAUGGUGCCUGCCUGGAAUCUGAGAGCCCGAGACCUUACAUGUGGAAGUUUAAAGUAGUCGGUCACACAAUCACUCGCCCUACUCCCAAACCUCAGGGCUCAGCAACCAAUUCCAUGCAACCGGUUCUAUCAAAGACUGGCUCCGGCAAGUCUAAUGCUGGGGAUAAGCCACGCUCCAAGGAUCGUGGAUACGGCAGCAACAUGGAUCGGGAGCAUCAUAACAACAGGGCCACAGGACGUCAGAGGCAACAAGGGAAAUGCAAUCCUCCCUCUCGCAAAUCCAAACACAACAGCAACAAGUAUAACACUGAAGACGACAGCUCACACCGUAAUUUUGAUGCUCUUGUUGUUCCAAUGCGGAUUGAUUUUAUUUCCACCCUCGACAACAUGUGGGAUAUCUCUGAUUUCACUGAUGAGAUGCAAACUAUAUGGGACCUUGCAUUGCCAAACAUCAAGCACACUGUUUCCAAGUUGAAGGACCUGGUAUACAAAAUUUUGAUGCAAUGUGCAUACAACUAUUGUAGCGACUUCGGAGAGUGCGCAAAGAUCAUAAUCGCAAAGUAUAUUGAGGAACAAGGCUGGACGUCAGACGAGAUUCAACAAGUAGUGGCAUACAUAGUUCCUGAGCAGAUCCCAUGGGUCAAUGAGAAGGGACAAAAGGUCUUCAUCAAUCCUCCAAUCUAUCCUUAUAUGUGGAAAGAGUGUCGUGGAGAUGAGAAAGAUCCUGAUGCAAGUACCACUAUUUAUACUGAGUCACUUACUGAUGUCAUUGACAGAAUUAUUAUGGAGCUUUCGAAGAUCAAUGCAUCCUCAAUACAUUUGCACUCUAUCUCGAGCAUGGGCACUGCCUCCCGACUAAAUACCAUUCGACAAUUCACAGAAGGACUCUGGAGCUACAGCACAGAGCUCAUCAUGGAGUCCAUUGAUGGUGCCACUCGUCGUAAAUGGAAGAAGAUCUUCAAGGGUGCUGCUCCAUUCAUUGAUGCUCAUCGGAAACAACCGACUCGCCAUACACAGACCUGUUAUUCAGAUAGUAUUGAGGAUUCAGUUCAACUGUAUAGACAGAUUAUCUCGACAGAGCAGAUACAGCUGGGUACCUGA